GCUGGUCACAAACUAUGAGGAAGUUUUCCAGAUUCCUGAAGAGAGGGGGAUCUGACGUUUGAUGGGCCAUUUACACACGGCAUUUCUGUAAAAUAAUGCCAAUCUGAACGAAGUAUCUGAAGAAGAAAUAUGUAAGGAGUUCAUUUAACACGGUAGACAACUCAUUCUAGUCCUUCUUUUUAAAAUAUUCGCCGUACGAGGAUGGCAGUCAACGAAAGUGCUCUUCGAAAAAUGUUGGCGAAGGGCUACAAAUACAGGGAUUUGACUGUUCGGGAAAUCACAAAUGUCAUCACUCAGUACAAGGACCUCAAACCUCUAAUGGACUCAUACGUGUUUAACGAUGGAUCCAGCAGGGAACUAAUGAGUCUGACUGGGACUGUGCCAGUCAGCUACAGAGGGAAUACGUACAACAUUCCCAUCUGCGUGUGGCUUCUGGACACCUACCCCUACAAUCCUCCCAUUUGCUUUGUGAAGCCCACACACACCAUGAUGAUCAAGACAGGGAAGCACGUGGAUGCCAAUGGCAAAGUCUACCUGCCCUACCUGCACGAGUGGAAACAUCCCCAGUCGGACUUGUUCAGCCUCAUCCAGGUAAUGAUCAUGGUAUUUGGGGAGGAGCCGCCCGUCUUCUCGAGGCCCACCUCACAACCCUACCAGCCCUUCCAGCCAGCCGGCCCAACCACCACUGCUUAUAUGCCCAGCCCUGCUGCAUCCUAUGGCCCUCCUCGCUCCCCCAACCCCAGUAGUUUUCAGGGCUACCCCGUCCCCUACGCUGCCAAUCCCUCCUACCCGGGCACGCCUCCUCCGGGCCAGUUCGGGCCCGCUGCAGCACUCCCUAAUGUCAAUACAGUUCCACUUCCAGCACCUGUGGGUCGCGACGCCACUAUAGGCGAGGACACCAUCCGGGCGUCGUUGAUGUCGGCGGUGAGUGACAAGCUGCGCUGGCGCAUGAAGGAGGAGAUGGACCGCGCCCAGGCCGAGCUGGACGCCCUGAAGAGGACGGAGGAGGACCUGAAGAGGGGCCACCAGCGCCUGGAGGAUAUGAUCUCCAGGAUCGGACAAGAGACGACGGACGUGGACAGAAACAUCGAGCUCCUCAAGCAGAAGGACGAGGAGAUGAAGGCAGCGCUGGAGAAGAUGGACAACCAAUCAGAGAGCAGCGACAUCGAUGACGUCAUCGUGCCCACGGCGCCCCUCUACAGGCAGAUCCUGAACCUGUACGCGGAGGAGAACGCCAUCGAGGACACCAUCUUCUACCUGGGGGAGGCCCUGCGCAGAGACGUCAUCGACCUGGAUGUCUUCCUCAAGCAUGUCCGGAUUCUGUCUCGUAAACAGUUUCAAUUACGGGCACUGAUGCAAAAAGCUCGCAAAACUGCCGGCUUAAGUGAGCUUUACUGAACCCAUCAUCUCAUCUCAAAGACACACCCACACACAUGCAAUGGCACACACAUGGUUAAUGGCAUUUAGAAUUAAUACUGGAUUUGUAAUUUCUGUUCAUUCUGUCUUUUUUUCACUGUUAACAUUAUUGUUACAUACUCUGGGAGACUUCAGUCUAUAUUGGCAUGGGUAUACUCAUUGCCAUUUGUACAAUUUGAAUGUGUAACACUUUACUUUAGGGUUCAUAUGUUGUCCACUUCUACAUGCCUAAUUACUGCCUGCAUAAGUGAUUUAUAAAAUGUGUGUUAAGAAAAACCAACUAGGUCCUUAUUAAGAUUAUAUCAGUAAUAAAGACCAAAGAUUAAGAAAUUUGUGAAUAACAAACAAGAAAUGAACAAAAAUAUAAGUUUUUUUUGUUUAACACAUGCCUUUAGAAUCACAUACACAGACAGUUAGUAUUAACAUAUUAGUGGCUAACACAUGAACCCCAAAAUUAAGUGUUACCAGAAAGGUUAGUGGGAGAAACGCUUAAAGCUGUCUACUUUUAGUAACACAGUCUACACUACAACUUUACUAAAGGGCUCCGCUCCUAGUGCCAGGUUUUGGUGUGCAUUGUAAAAACAUUUUGCAUGCUAUGUCUCUAAAAGCAUUUUGCUUUGCUGUGUUAGUCUAAAGCACUUUUUAACAUGCAAACCUGGUCUAGAAUAAUAAGUGAAGACAAGAGAGAAGAGUGCCACCAAAUCAAGUUGAAAUGAAGGAAUAAUAAUAAAAUGUUCUGUCACUUUAUAAGAAUAUGUUUACAAUGUAGCCAUUGUAAGGCCAUAUACUAUACUAUAUAUAAGUCCUCCCUCCCUUUAUACACACAAAAUACUUAUUUUUAAAGGGAUUUUUUUUUAUUCUCGAGUUGACAUAUGCAAGUUAAAGAGGAUAACUAUGGCCUCUUGUGGUUUCCUAGAAGAACACUAUGGUGAAAAUAAAUGUUGUCCCUUGGGCUGGCUGUUAUUGUUUUUCAGGCUAGCUAAUGGUGUCAGCAACAUAAUCAUGUCUGCAGUCAUGUCUACAUUAAAGCAUAAGCAUAUCUUAGACCAGGAAUGGCAAACUCAAAUUCACACGGGCCAAAUUUAAAAUCUUGGAUGGAGUCACGGGCCAAACUCAAUGUUUAUUUUUUGUAGAUGGGCUAAAUUUGUGUAUGCACACACUAGAAACUGAAAGGCAAAUUUCACAAACAGUCUUGAAAUAUGAAAUAUUUUGUAAAGGACUCUUAGAAAGUACAUUUGCAAUACAAUUAAAUUAUAUUCAUUCAGGGGAUCUAGAGAUGGUGGGUUCUGUUUUAAAGGUGGCUGCCUUCAAUAUUGGCCUAAAGUGCCAGGGAAAUCCUGGUUUGUGCUCAUAGUACGGCCCUCGGAGGACCUUAUCGGCCCUUUGGUGGAAUUUGAAGUGGCCCCUCGAAUGGAAAAGGUUCCCCAACCCUGAUUUAUACUGUACACAGUAAAUUGUGUAGUGUUAAAAUAACACUUAAAGAGUUAAAAUUAACACUGUUCUAGUGUCUAUUUGGUCCUGCUCCAGAUCAGUGUUAAACACUGGUGUUAGAUUUAUAGUGUUAAGCUAACACUAUAAAGAGUAAAGCAGUUUCGGGGAGCACCCUACUAAAGAGUAAUUAAGCACCUCCCAUCCUCCACCAUGACUGAAACACCCUGCGCCUGGCAUCAGUUUGCCACACUGCUCUCUUAAGAUAAUGUUUGAAGUUGCUGAAAACAUGUAAAAUGUCUAUAUUUGACAUAUCAGUCUAUGCUGUACUGCACCACAAUGUGAGAGAAAUUUCAGCUGAGCAUGUAUGAACACAAUCUAGUGGGGACUAAUACAAAAUAUUUUCCUUAAUGAAGUUUAAAAUAUAACCAUACCAUCUACUUCAAGUGCACAAUGGAGCAAGCAAUGUAACAUGUGCUGUUACUGACUAGCUCACAAAGCAAGGCACAAGAUGUAGCUAACAAAUGCCAUAAGCCAAAAGCGCCUUUAGCUUGCUUGCA